UUUCCACACUCACUUCCUCUCCCAAACUUCCCCCAAAUAAAAAAAUUUAAAAAUAAAAAAAUAAAAAAAAUAAAAAUAUAAAAACAUUAGAAAAAUAGAGAGAGAGCGAGAGAGAAUCUCGUUUCUCUUUCCCUCCGUCCUGCCUCCACUCUCAUAAAUCCCCGGAGAGAGAGAGAGAGAGAGAGAGAGCUGUGUUUUCCGUCGACGGAAUCUGACGACAUGAAGCCGGAAGAGACGGUUCCCCGGUCGCCGCUCGACAAGCCCCUCGGAGAGCUGACAGAGGAAGACAUCUCGCAGCUAACACGAGAAGAUUGCCGGAGAUACCUCAAAGAAAAAGGCAUGCGCCGUCCGUCCUGGAACAAAUCACAGGCGAUCCAGCAGGUCAUCUCGCUUAAGACGCUGCUAGAAACGAGGACGGAGUCGGGCGACGCCGGAAUCCGGCAGAAAACCUCCUUCAUUCCCGAGCCGGAGAAUCCGCCCCACGUAGAAUCGGGUUCAGAGAUUGAGUCCGUCUCGGAUCGGAGUAAAGGUCCCCAGCAAUCGGCCGUUUCCGGCGACGUGUCGUCACAUCUUCCGGCAACCGGGAGCGGUCCGUUUGCGGUUGAGUAUACCGGCAUUUCUCCCAGGGCUGCGACGGAGGGGCCGCCGGUGGGUCAGAUGACGAUUUUCUACGCCGGUAAGGUAAACGUCUAUGAAGGCGUGCCCCCUGACAAGGCGCGGCUGAUAAUGCAAAUCGCGGGAAGCCCCAACAGCUGUCCACCUUACGAGACAGCAGCCGGAUAUCAGGGGACGCGUCCGUUUCCAAGCCGCCUACCUUCAGAAACGGUCAGAACUGGGCCGCCGGCUUCUCCACCGUUGGUUAGAGUCAUUAAUUCUCCAACGUCUCAGCAGCAAGCGGGGAAAAUGCCUCAACUUUACCGGGAGAACACCGAUGAGAGGAAAAUGUCACGCGAAAUUGAUUGUGAGGGUCCAACAAACAGACAAGCAUCCUUGCAACGAUACCUCGAGAAGCGUAAAGACAGAUUUAAGAACAAAAGAAAGCCAGGGGGUUCAUCUUCUUCUAGUUUAGAGGUAUACGUAAACCAACAAUUGAGGGGGGGUCAGACCUCAAAUGGGCAAUCAAGGAGUGGCACAUGCUCUCCAACCCAACCUAGACCACCUCACACACCCGCUCGAUGCAGCUCUGUUGAGAACCAAGCCAAGAACAUCUGUCUCUCUGUUGAUCUCAAUGAUGAUGGUAAGGUGGGUUAAGGCAGAUGGAAACUAGCUUGAGGUUAACCCUGGGGGUCUUUGAUCCCAUGACAACUUCCCUCUUUGAGGAUUUUAGAAGAGCACACUCACUCCCUGGGCUAUUUGCAUGUACCCAAGUUAACUUGGAGGUUUAAAUAGGUUUCUAGGCAAGUUUCUGUAAAAUGUGUUGGGCAAAUAGGUGAGUGCUUUGUCAUUGAGAGAGGAGGAAGUUUAUAUAAAUAUGGCAGACCGGGAAACAUGAGGCUUUAUAGCCUGUAAAAGAAAAUUGAGAAAAAAAAAAAAAAAAUCUCCUUUUCUUCUUGCCAACUAUUACUCACAUGACUAGUAGUGCCAAUGUGGCUCGUGUAUGGUAUCUCAGCUACAGUUAUGUGCUGAGCAGAAAAUAAGGCUGCGCAGGUUAUCAGGUGAGUUACAUCUAAAACGGUGGACAGUUAAAAGUUAUUGGCCAAAAUUCCGCAUUUGAUGUGCACA